AUGAGAGUAAUCAUUAGGGAGACUAGCCUUGAAGCUUCAGAAUACAUUGCAGAUUACAUCAUUAGUAUUCGCAUAAAGUCGUUCAAGCCCAGUGAAGACCGGCCCUUUGUGCUGGGACUCCCGACUGGUAGCAGUCCUGAGAUAAUUUAUAAGACUCUGGUGCGCCGGCACAGGGACGGUGAUAUCUCGUUCAGAAAUGUCGUAACGUUCAAUAUGGACGAAUACGUUGGACUGCCUCGUGACCAUCCGGAGUCCUACCACAGCUUCAUGUACAAGCACUUCUUCUCCCACGUGGAUAUUCCGCCCCAGAACAUCAAUAUCCUUGAUGGUAACGCACCCGAUCUCGCAGCUGAGUGUUCGUCCUUUGAGGCGCGAAUUGCUCGCUAUGGCGGUAUUGAGCUCUUCCUGGGUGGCGUGGGUCCAGAUGGGCAUAUCGCUUUCAAUGAACCAGGCUCCUCCUUGAGUAGUCGUACUCGUGUCAAGACCCUGGCAUAUGACACAAUCCUGGCUAACUCGCGGUUUUUUGGCAAUGACUUGGACUUGGUGCCGCGGAGGUCACUGACCGUGGGUAUUCAGACUAUCAUGGAUGCUCGCGAAGUAGUCAUCGUGGCCACCGGUGCUCACAAGGCUCUUGCUGUGGAGAAAGGCCUGGAAGGCGGCAUCAACCACAUGUGGACACUCUCAGCGCUGCAGCUACACCCAUAUGCGCUGAUUGUCUGCGACCGAGAUGCAACUCUGGAGCUGAAGGUCAAGACUGUUCGCUAUUUCGAAUCAAUUGAACAAUCCGGCACGGAUGCACGUACUCAGGGUCCGCCUCUUGUCUACAGACCCAGGACAUAUGUUCCUGCCCCAGUGGGUGUCGUGAAACUCCAGCCGCCGCACAUUCCUCAGAAAGCACCCAAGGAUCUCCGAAUCAACACGGAACUUAACACAUCGGUAGAAGACGAGGAACUCACACCAGACAGCAUGUCUUCACGUAUGGUUGACUCGGCGAUUGGAGGGCUGGAUUCGACUCUGAAGGGGGACUUGUUCUUUGAUCACAUGGGCUCACGGGUUGCAUCGCAUUGA